AUGGCGACUUUUGUCGACGAGAAGCACGGACGACAGGCCCAGGCCGAGACAAUAGUGCCGCUUGGCGGGAGCACCAGCGUUGAAACGGGCACUGACCAUGGCGGCCAGCGCAAACGAAGCACCUGGCACAAGGUGCAGGCGAUUAUCUGGGACAAUCCGGACAAGCCCGCAGCGGAAAAGAAGUUUCUGCGUAAGCUGGACUUUUACCUGUUGACCUACACGUGUCUGGGAUACUUUUGCAAGAAUCUCGACCAGGCCAACAUCAACAACGCAUACGUGUCGGGAAUGAAAGAGACCAUCCAUUUGGGCGGCAAUGACCUGACAUAUGCAGGCAACUGCUUUACGGCUGGCUACGUGAUCAUCCAACUGCCCAUGGUCAUUCUGGUUACCAAGAUCCGGCCCUCAUACGUGAUCCCGACGCUCGAGGUCCUCUGGUCCGUCUUCACCUUUUGCUCGUCGGCCGUCAAGACGCCGGCGCAGCUCUAUGCCAUGCGCUUUCUUGUCGGCUUCUGCGAAGGCGCCUUCUUCCCCUGCAUCAUGUACCUGAUCGGCUCUUGGUACACGCGCGCGGAGCGGGCCAAGCGCACCACCAUCUUCUACUCGACCGCCUCGGCUGCGUCCAUGUUCUCGGGCUACCUACAGGCUGCUGCCUACGACAACCUCGACGGCGUGCUCGGCCACCAGGGCUGGCAAUGGUUAUUUAUCAUCUGCGGUAUCAUUUCGCUACCGGUGGCAAUAAUAGGCUACUUUUUUAACCCAGAUUUUCCUGAGACGACGCGUGCAUUUUACAUCUCGCCCGACGAAGCCGCCUUUGCGCGUCAACGCCUCAUCGAUGACGGCUACAAGCCGCUUGGUGCGUCUGCCUGGACCAAGACCAAAAUCUUCGACAUCAUACUGUCAUGGCAAUUCUGGGUUCUCUCGGCUGGGUACUUCUUCGUCCAGAGUGGCUAUCCCUCGCAACAGCCAUUCUACUCACUAUGGCUCAAGUCCACCGGCCACACGACCUACCAGGUCAACGUGUGGCCAACGGGCCAGCACGCCAUCGGCUGGGUGACGCAGAUCGUCGCCGGCAUCCUGUCGGACUCGCCACUGCUGAACGGCCGGCGCUGGCAACCGCUUGUGGCGCUGCAAGGCAUCAGCGUAUUUGCCAGCAUCGUGCUGGCCGUCUGGGACGUGCCGAUCGGUCUCAAGUAUGCUGCCAUGUAUCUGACCAGCACGGCAGCCGGCGUGCCCGGUAUAUAUUACGCCUGGUUCCCUGACCUCAUGCCAGACGACCACGAGAAGCGCGGCUUCCUCAUCGCCUUCUCCAAUGUCUUUUCCUACGUCAACCAAAUCUGGUACACCGACGCAUUCUGGCGCACCAGCGAGAAGCCACGCUUUCACCCGGGCUUCAUCGCUUCCGCCACCUUCGGAUGGGUCCUCAUCCUCACUGCUAUACUGAUGCACUUCCUCGAGCUGCACGACACUAGAGUCCGCAGACGGGCCAACGCUCUUACUGCUGAGCCGCCCGUAGAUAGUCACCCACCAACGCUAACAUCGUCGGUGCCCGCUAGCGUCUGA